AUAAUUGUGUUGUGCGACGUUGGCUGUAGACGGCGACACAAUCGCUCACAGCUGGUCGUGAAUGCGCGAGUGCAGAAUGCAGAUGCGUGAAAUUAAGUUUCUGCAAUUAAAAUCUUGCCGAGUAUCCAAGCAGUUCCUUCAAGUCAACGCAUUGACGUUAUUUUUCGUGCAAUUUUCAGUAUUGUAGCAAUCGGAAAUCAAACUCACGCAUUGAACACACCUUUGAUGAGAUACAAAAAUGAUUCGCUGCAAGGUGAUAAGAAGACACUCUCUCGUUGACAUGCAGUUAGCACUCAAAUGGGAUGAAAAAAUUCAUAAAAAAUUUUCUACUGACAAACUCAGUGCCUGCCUAUCGCCUGAAGCAAUACUCAAUGAUAACGUACGCACUGAAUUUAUAAAACGUCUGAAGUUGAUCAAGAUGACCACGAAAGUCCACAAUACUUGUAACGAAGCUGCUGUUUUGAUACCAUUUUGUAUUCAUAAUGGAAAAUUAGGAUUAUUAUAUACCCUGCGGUCCAAUAAAGUUAGUACAAACAGAGGGCAAGUUUCAUUUCCAGGUGGUAUGAAAGAUAAGGAUGACAAAUGUUUAGAGGAUACCGCUCUUAGAGAAACAUGGGAAGAACUGCACAUACCAAAAGACUCUGUGGAAGUAUGGGGUUCUGGUAAUAGAAUAGAGAGAAAACAUGUUAUUGUUACACCAGUUGUAGGUUUUAUAGGUGAAGUAGAUCCAAAAUCAUUGAAAAUUAAUCAACAAGAGGUAGAAGAAGCCUUUGUUCACCCUUUGGAAAAAUUCUGUGAUCCUGCAUUAUGUCGAUACACACAGUUUAGAAAUAAUUAUACUUUGCCAACAUAUUUAGGUGGUAAUCACAAAAUUUGGGGAUUGACAGCUGUGAUAACCCAUAUAGUAAUGAAUGCGUUACUGCCCAAUGUGUAUAAACAUAAAAUUGUAAAUCUUCCUCCAUUAAUCAAUUACAAAUACCAAAGCAAAGAAAUUAAAUCUUGAUAUAAAAGA